GAUCGACACCACCGGGGCUGUGAAAAGCGUGGCUGUCUUCGCGCGCGCACGGCCACUGGGUGGAGGGAGGAUUCUCCGUUGGACGCGUGGUCCGGUCGAUCAUCCGGAACGAGCAGGAUGACAAUGGAAGAUCGCACCGGUGGCAUCGACCGUGCCGCCCCCGCGACGUCCACCACGGCCACGACGGCGUUAACGUCGUCCAGCCCCUCGUCCAUCACCGAUGCCACCUCCGACGCCUCGUAUCCCCUUCAGCGCGCCAACAAGCGUUCCUUCGACGUGGCGUUCCUCGUCGCGCCCGACGAGAACCUUGCCCGCCGUCAAAGCGAGAAGAUGAGGAUGGCGUCGGCCAGGAAGGAUCGGCCCCGCGAUGAGAUCACGUUGGAGGCGGUCGUAGAUUCGGACAGGUUGCCCCAGAAUUUGACGAUCAAGAAUUACAACGACAACGACGCAUCCGACAGAAGAAGGAUGAUCCACUGCACCGAGAAUUCUCUCAGCCCUCCGUAUAUAUCACCGAGAACCUUGACUCCAACCUUGCCAACGCCUUUGUCACCCGAUACCGACGUUCGAAGGUACGUUUCAGGCACGCGUCUCCAAAAGUCACCCAGCCCACCCUCGUUUCCCACCCAUCAAUCCAUCUUGACCACUUGCCCCGAGGCGGUGGAGUCGAAUCUCAACAUUUGCAACAAGGUGUACGACACCGUUCUACCCUGCCCGACAGACAGACACGGGGAAUCACGGAGCGCGUUCACCAAGGUGAACCUGACGAUUCAGAGGAACGGGUUCACCGACGAUGGCCAGACCUCGCCACGUUCCUCCGUGUCGCCGGACGAUCGCACCGGUUAUCAAAGCAGCGUAAGCCCGCCCGUCGUCCCGUUGACCGCGACCACCGGUUACAAGUACGCCCCGUUCCCCGCUAAAAUGCCCUAUCCUUUCCUGGUCAGUCCCGAGAACAGUCAACCCGGUUUAUUGGAGAACCUCAAGAUACCGCAGAUCGCGCAACCGCCCAAAGUACCGAGUCCAAAGAUGCCGAGCUUCCGGCCGGAUCUGCCGCCGGUUUACCCGAACCUGCCCUACAAUCCGAUCUCCGUCUUCCCGCCGAUGGCAGACGCGCUCACCAGGCCGAGAUUUCUUGCGACGGCCGCGGGGGUGGCCGGCCUUCUGCCACCUUCGUUCGCCGCGUUGACCCUGCCCGCGCAAAACGUCUGCGCCAAGUGCAAUCUUUCGUUCCGGAUGACGUCCGACCUCGUCUACCACAUGAGGUCCCACCACAAGAACGAGAACACCGGCGAAGCGGCCAGAAGGAGGAGGGAGGAGAAGCUGAGGUGUCCCGUGUGCGACGAGAGCUUCAGGGAAAGGCAUCACUUGACCAGGCACAUGACCGCCCACCAGGACAAAGAGAGCGACGCGAUCGUGGACCAGGUCGAGGUGAAGAGGCGCGCAACCACCGUUCACACCAAGUGACGACGGAAAUCGUCGUCGAGCGAGGACGCGAUAGGACUGGGCAGUGGUUAUUCGUUCGAGAAUUAAAAAACGAGAUUCUCUUUCCAGAUGGAAGAUAAAUUCGAUGAAAGAAGGAUGAUGGAAAAGGAUAUAUAUAUAUUAUAAAUAAGGUUUGAUCGAUCGUGUUUCCAUUCUAAUCUUGUUGCUUGAUCGGGGCGAUCGUUGGCGAUCGGAGAUCAAACGCUCUUCCAAUUUUUUAUGAUAACGUCUCUUGUCAUAUGUAGCUCGAUAAAGCAGGAUAAAACGAUUCGUAAUUUAUUCUACCGUUUAGCUCGUUAACCACGAACUAUCCACGAGUAUUUUGCACUUGCCCCCUUUUUAACCCAACUACUUAACGAGAUUAAUCGCAUUUUACAUGGUAUACGUGUAUGA